GCUGUUGCUUGUUAUAACAAAGAACAUUGCUAACAGGUACAAAACGAAAAUACCGAAUAGUUAUAUAAAUAUGGCAUUGUGUCCGUAUCAAUAUUUCUAAACCAAUGGAAAUAUACCAUGAUUUUAAAAUUGUUACAUUUCGUUUGGUAUGAUCAAGCAUUUUUUUGUUUAACAAAGAUCAAACCAUGGGUAUGUUUGAUUGUUUUGUAAAAGAAGUGGCCAAUGGUAACAAUGGGUAGCCAUACAAAUCGUGAGUGGUAAAUAAAAUUGAACGAAAGGUUCAUUCUGAAAUUUGAGACAUCCACAGAGAAGAGAGUCCACUUCCAACAUGGCACUUGUAACAACAACUCCUCCUCCACAGAUGGACAUGGGUUCCGAUUCCAACGCGCCGACCACCGUCCGAGCCACGGUUGUUCAGGCCUCCACCAUCUUCUACGACACUCCCGCCACUCUCGAUAAGGCUGAGAGGUUGGUGGCUGAAGCCGCUGGGAAUGGAUCACAGCUUGUGGUUUUUCCAGAAGCGUUUAUUGGCGGCUAUCCGCGUGGUUCCAAUUUUGGUGUUAUUAUUGGAAGCCGCACAGCCAAAGGUAGAGAGGAUUUUCGCAAGUAUCAUUCUUCAGCCAUUGAUGUGCCUGGUCCUGAAGUGGAUAAAUUGGCAGCAAUGGCAGGGAAGUAUAAAGUACAUUUAGUGAUAGGUGUGAUCGAGAGGGAUGGCUACACACUUUACUGCACAGCUCUCUUCUUUGAUUCUCAGGGUCAUUAUCUAGGAAAGCACAGGAAAAUAAUGCCAACAGCAAUGGAACGAGUUAUGUGGGGAUUUGGUGAUGGAUCAACCAUUCCAGUGUUUGACACUCCUCUUGGAAAAAUAGGUGCUGUCAUUUGUUGGGAGAACAAGAUGCCGCUUUUAAGAACAGCAAUGUAUGCUAAAGGUGUGGAGAUAUAUUGUGCACCAACAGCUGAUGACAGGAAAACGUGGCAAGCAUCAAUGACCCAUAUUGCUCUUGAAGGUGGGUGUUUUGUUUUAUCAGCAAACCAGUUCAUUAGGAGGAAGGAUUAUCCACCCCCUCCAGAGUAUGUUUUCUCCGGCACAGAAGAAGACCUAACACCAGAUUCUGUUGUGUGUGUUGGUGGUAGUGUCAUUAUAUCACCAUUGGGUAAUGUUCUGGCUGGACCGAAUUAUGAGGGGGAGGCACUCAUCUCAGCAGACCUAGAUCUUGGAGAAAUAGCAAGAGCUAAGCUCGAUUUUGAUGUGGUUGGACACUAUUCAAGGCCUGAAGUGCUUAGCUUGAGUGUCAAGGACCAUCCAACAAACCCAGUUACUUUUGCAUCAACUUCAACAAAAGUUGAAGACAAAACCAAGUAGUUUUUCACUUCAUCGUCCCUCCAGAAUCACUAGUUCUGGACCAGUCCCCAUUUCUAGCUUAAUGUGUCAUCUUUUGUGUUAAUAAUUAUGAUUGUGUUUCGAUAUCCUUAAAUUAAAGUAAACGAAACUCUUAUAAUUUGGGUUAAAAGCCCGUAUCCGUUACACCAAGUUGAUAUCCAAACACACAUUAUUUUUUUGGAUGGAUUUACAUCCAAGUUAA